CCCUAACAUCAAAAUCCAAUCUUACUGGUAUUACAGGAAAUGGGAAUUACAGUAAUUAAUCAGAGACUUCAUAAUGGACUGCAGCAGCUCACAGGUUUGGCGGCUGUCACACAUUCCUUUUUGGGCCCCAAUAUAUUUUUUUUUUAAGACGAGUCAACAGGGGAGUCGUCCUUGGUGUGCACAUGUUUCCACAUCAAGGAGCUCUUAAACCUGACCUGCUUCAUAGGUCAUCUGGCCAAUGAGACAAUCCAAGCUCACCAGAAGGUCUUCCACUCAGGCACAGGAUGCCUGCUGUUUCUGGCUGGCGUCUGGAGCAAGGCUGCUCUCUGGAUAGACCUGAAAAUAGCUGUGCAGCAGGUGACAAGCUCUUUGCACGGCAAGCUGCAGGCCUUGGACUGGUUCUGGGGCUGUGCAUAUCGUCUAUACACCAACAAUGAAAGACAGGUAUCUGCUCCCCGACUGCUAUUGAGAGAUGACACCGAGGAUGGGUUGAUGUCCCAAGAUAUGAAGCACAGUGCUGGGAAAGUCUAUGACAAUGUGACGUUGAYGUUGGAAGCAUGGAGGAAAGCCCUGGAUUUUGUCUUCCUUGUGUUGCAGACAGACAGAGAUCAUUACUGGUAUAGAUCCUAA